GUAGGAGGGUCGCGAAAAUUGAAAAUGUCAUUUAUUUAAAUUUUAUGUUUUAAAUAUUCAAUUAUUAUAUUGCUGUGAUGGCAGAAGCUUCAAUCCAAGAGGGCUUUUUGUGUCCAAUUUGUCACAAAGAUUUACGUUCAGCUAACAAUUUGAUAACCCACUUUCAAGACUUGCAUUCUGAAGAAAAGGAUAUAUUGAGAUCAAUUAAAGAUAUUUAUGGAAAAGUAAAAAAGAAAAUACUCACCUUAGACGACCAAGAUCUUGAAUCAUUCAAAACAGAAAUUUCCUUUGAAAAGGAAAAAUACUACUUAGAAUACAGUGAACCACAGGAACCAGGCCUUACCCAGUCACACACUGACUACUUCAAAUCUGUACGAAGGGACCGCUUAGAUCACAGAACUGCAGAAACCAAUAAACUCAUUAUAAGGUUAGAUAGACUACUGAGAGUAUAUGGUGCUGAUAGAAAACAACAUGAACAAGAACUUGUAGCUUGGUUAGAUGGUACCACAGUGAGCAGAUGCCCUUCUUGUGCAUCUUCUUUCAACAUCACAAGGAGACAACACCACUGUAGGCUAUGUGGCAGCAUAAUGUGCAGUUCCUGUUCAUAUUUUCUUUCAUAUGAAACUGCCAUGACAAUAGUGGCACAAGUUAAUAAUGUGAGCAGUAGGGAUGGAGGUUCAGCCAAGGAAAUGGAGAGCUUGAGGAUAUGUUAUCAUUGCUUAGAGAUGCUUGAAAGUAGGAGAAGAGUUCAGAUUGAACAAGUUAUACAGCCAAUAAUAUGCCAGCUCUAUAUGCAUUUGCAGAAUAACAAGUCACAAGCUCAUAAUUCUGUUGAAAUGUAUAAUAAGAUGUAUAAUUCACUUGUUUCUGGUGAAACGACCUACUUACUUCAAGACCUACAAUCCCUUAGAACUGUUAUUGCAGACAAAGCUCAAAUGAUAGACACCCUGAGCAAAAAAAUAACUUCAUUGCCUGUAGAGGAGGAAACACCAAAAGCAGCUAUACUGCAUAACAAUAUCAGGAAAGCUACCUCUGCAUACAUAAAAGACCAUCUCCUUACAUUACCAGCACCCCCUAGCAAGGAGGAAAUUGAAAAAAUGAAAGGUGAACGUUCAGCCAAGCUGAAUAGAGAAGAUGACAUCAUAUCAGUCCCCAGGACAACUAUUAAAAAGGUUGCUGUGGCCACUGGAUGGUCCCCAGCUAAUGUCCCAAAUCAGGAUGCAGUGAUUGAAGAUGAUCCUCUUUUAGCACAAAUGAAUAUUGUGAGGAGUUAUAUUGAGCAAGCUAGAGAUGCACAGAGAUUUGAGGAGAUUGCUUCUCUCAGAGACAAUUUGAAUAUGUUGAAAGAGAUGUAUCAGCAACAGCAGACUGAGAAAAACAGUGCAAUAAGUUGAUUAACUGAUUUUUUUGUUUAAUGCAUUCCACUUGAAACUAUAU